CAGAUUAAUCAGAUAUCCGUCAAAUUGGGGUUGGGGAGUAUUGUAAUUUGUUUUUCUUAUUUCUAUUUGGAAUAAUUUGUCUUCGUUAAAUUUAUUCAGUAAAAUGUGUUUUUCUUAUGGUUUAUAAUUGGAGUGCAUAUAGGAGGGAGUGUUGUAUUGUACAAGUUAUAAACUUAAGUUGUCGUGAAUACGAUAAGUGUAGAAAUAUAUGUUAUUGUGACGUAAUAUUAAAAGAAGGAUUUAUUGGGCAACAUACAAUGGCAGAAACAAGUGAGCCUAAAGCAAGUGCAUCAGCGCCUGGAGGAGAUGCUGGUGGGGAGGAGGAGAAACGUGACGAGCGUAUGCUGGAAUGCAACAUCUGCCUAGACACGGCACGAGAUGCCGUGGUUAGCAUGUGCGGACAUCUUUUCUGCUGGCCAUGUCUGCACCAGUGGUUAGAGACCAGACCGAGUCGGCAAGUGUGUCCAGUUUGCAAAGCAGCUAUAAGCAGAGAGAAGGUCAUUCCACUGUAUGGCAGAGGAAAUACAAAACAGGAAGACCCUAGAAAUAAGGUGCCUCCACGGCCAGCGGGGCAACGCACGGAGCCCGAGAGCAACAGCGGCUUCCCCGGCUUCGGCUUCGGCGAGGGUUUCCACAUGUCCUUCGGCAUCGGCGCAUUCCCCUUCGGCGUCUUCACGUCGACCUUCAAUUUCGGUGACCCCCGGCCUAGUGCGGCUCCGCGCGGCACGGCGCAGUUCGAAGAGGAGCAGUUCCUGUCGAAGAUCUUCCUGUGGGUCGCGAUCCUGUUCGUGCUGUGGCUCAUCUUCGCAUGACCAGACCCCCGGCGCCGCCCCCUCGCCCCCGUGUCGCUCCGCACACUGGCCGCACACUCGUAGCACGCGAGGCACGUUACCGGAACACCGCUUGUGACCGAGGUGCCGCGCGCGGACCCGACAUCGAUGAACUAUCGAUAAUCUCACGAGUUUUUACAAAGUUUCAAAAUCAACCAUUGAUAGCUUAGCAACGCUAUCUAACGCUAGCCGGAUCGCGUCGGUGUAAGGUCGACGCACACUCGACGGUGUGCAGCUGCUUUAUCAUACACGCUUUUAGCACGGUGUGAACACAAAGUCAUUCGUUUCGUGUAUGACCUCAUGUAUAAUAAACGGUUAUCGUCUCCGGUACAUCGUAAAGUGUGUGAGAGCCUUAAUGCUAAACGGAUUGCAUUAAACUCUGAAGACUGGUGCUUAUUGCUUCGUCGAUUAAUUUGUUGAUUGCCUUUGUGUGUUAUGAUUAUAUAGUUAUAUUCAGCUUUAGUUCACUUUAUAAAAUAUUAAAAUAGUGCACGAUUUGACAACAGGACAGCUGACAUUGAUCUCGAAACUAUGAAUGAAUAUCCGGCGAACAUAUACAUAUAUAUACAUAUUUACAUAACGUUACAAUUGUAUACAAACUAUUUUUAAACAUAUGACGUAUAGUACAAAAUAUUUUGUUUAACUUCGGCUCAGUUUCACUCCUUUUAAUGUAGGUAAUAACCAAUACAAACUUUAAAUUAAUUUUCACUCGCUUAAGUGCUUACUAAACGAAUGGAAUUAGUAAAUAUUGUUGAGAUGAAUUACAAAAUGAACAUAAAUAUAGUAAUAAUACUAAAUAUACAUUCUAACCAAGCAAUGAAUUAUUCAUAAGAACGUUUUGUAUUGCAAUAAAAGGUUGUCUUCUUUAUUUUUCGCGAUUGAAACACAAACAAAAAUUUUUAACGUAUUCAAAAUAAUUGAAUGUCAAAAAAGAUAUAUGAAAAACAUAAAUCCAAAUAAAUGUUUUAAGUGAACGUUAAGUACGUUCAAUUAAUAACACGGAAAUAAAAUAAACAAAAAAUAAAAUCAGAUUCUUUUGUUUCAACGAAACUAUAUAAUAUAAUCAUUGUUAAUGGUCGGUUUCAAUUAAAAGAAAAAAUAUUAUUUUAUAGAUUCCUUUGUGGAACUCGCAUCGAAAUAGGACUUAAGGUAUUUUGUUAUCUUAAGUACAGACGUCUAAAAACAAUUCGAUGCAUGCAAAUUAUAAAUUGUAAGUGUUUUUGCGCGAUUUGGUGAUUGGUGUGAAUUAUAAAAUUUAGCAUUUUUGAUUGAAAAAUGAAUUAAUCGUUGGUGAAAGGAAUAAGGUAGCAAGACUUAUACUAAGGGCUUUAAAAUUAGAUCGUUUACGAAGUGAAUUAUGUGAUUUUUAAAUCGUAGAGUAGCUUAAACAGAAAAGUAGCGCGACACAAAAAUAACUUUACGUGGUAUUUAUAUAUACCUGCCUACAUUAGUUUUAGCCGGCUUGGGAGGGGGACAGAUUUUAAGUUUAAAAAGUAGCCUAUCAUAUCCUUCCUUGGGAUUUAAGCUUCCUUCAUACCAUAUUUCGUCACAAUUGGUUCAUUAGUUUAGCGGGGAAAGCGUAACAAACAAACAGUUAAUUUCGCAAUUAUAAUGUUGGUAUAGAUUUCAGGUACGUUUUUUAAGCACAGCAACGAUAAUUUAUUGUCUUCGGAAGCAUAUCACGAUGAAACGUAGAGUUUUAAAACGAGUAAACAAGAUUAUUUAUUUGCACCUAUCUGGAGGAUAGAAGCGCGACCUUUCUCGCCACGCCGAGUAAACGAAAUCGCAUUUACAUGUAUCGUGAUAUUUGUGAAAGUUCUGAAUUAGUUGUUAUCGUUUCUUGGCUUUGAUACAGAUAACGUACAAGGUGUGUGCGUAAGUGUGGCAACACUGAAAUCACAGAGUAAAUAUAUUUUCAUUAUAGAUAUAUCUACAAAUACGUGUUUCGUACUUUUCUAUUUAAGUUACGUAUUUUUAUCGCUCACACAAAAACAAACGAAGGGGCCUUUAACUCCGUGACUCGUGAUCGUAUUUCUAAAUUUAGUUUGUAAAUGAUAUUUUGUGUAAAGAAUCGUCUGUAACGCGUGCAGGCGUAACGCUAGUUGUAGUUCAGUUGGGGGAGGUCGAUGACCCGACACCACGGACGGAUAGUUUUAUUUAACGAAUUCGGUAGAUUUAUUUUAAUAUUCCUGUAAUAUAAGUGUAUAUAAUUAUUAUCAACUGUUUAAACUGUAAAUUAUUAAAAUAAACGAUGCUAUCAA